AUGUCACGAAUCUCAGAAAAUUUGAUUAUUUGUUCGUUGUGCAAAAAAUAUUUUACUGACGCUCGUCAAGUAUUUUGUGGUCAUCCGUUUUGUUAUGCUUGUAUAUCGAAUAAAUUUAAUGAUGACAAUCAAAUUUUGGUUUGUCCAACAUGCAACAAAGCACAUCAAUUCCAAUCAAGACAACAAUUUCAAAGUUCACUUAUGGUUGAUGGUUUUUUAAAUAAAUUGGUGAAACAAUUUCUUAAAAAUAAAAGUCGCCGAUCGUCACAAUCGUCAACAAUAAUUAUAAAUGGCCCUUUAUCUGCUUCAUGUACUACAUCUGCUUGUUCAACACCAUCUAUCUCAUUGAAAUCGUCAUCUCCUUCAAUAGUUUCAAUUCAACCACAAGCCACAACUGCAGCACGUCUUGUUGCUCGUUGUUCAUCAUGUCAGCUUCGUGCAGAGUUAACAGUUUGUGAUCAUUGUGAAACAGUUAUUUGCUCAAAAUGUAUUGAACAACAUCAAAAUAUAAUCAAUAGUGAUGUAAAAGAAAAAUGGAAAUCAUGUCAGGAUAAAUAUCAUGAUAUUAAUGAAAAAUCAAAACGUUACGAUAUUCAACAAACAUCGAUUGAAGCAGAAUUUAAUUCUAUACGAAAAUUUAUUGAGCAACAUGGUAUUCAUCUUAUUCAAAGUGUUGAAAAUCAACGUGAUACGUAUUUGGAAAUGAUUAAUGAUUAUGCGGAUAAAUAUUCGUCCAAUAGUCAACAAGAUGAUGUCAAAAAUGAAUAUGAAUCGAUUGAUAAACGUUUAAGAAAACUUUUGAGUUCAGAAAACAUGGAUGCAAAUGAUGUAGAAGAUUUUAUGCUGGAAAUUCAACAUUUGGAAAGUAAAAUUGAAGAAAAAAAUGAAGUUAUGAAGUUAAAUCCAUUGAAGUUUCCUGUUUUGGCACCACCUGAAUCAAUCAAAAUUUCACAAUUAUUUGGAAAAUUGAUGUAUAAAUGUGUGGAUGAAAAUGGAAUAGAGCAUGAACAAAAAAAGGAAAUGAAAAGUCAAGUUAAUAUUGAAAAUGAAAUGACUAGAAAACAGCCACAAUAUAAUGAUAAAGGAGAUUCGGAUGACGAUUAUAUUAUUGUUAAUAAGAACGAUGUUCAUGUGAAACGAUUAACAGAUGGUAGAAAAGAAAAAACAACAUCAACAACAUUAACAACAAUUAAACAAAAACACAUGGCAUGGUCAAUUGAAUAUAAUAGUAUACCACAUUUUUUACAAAUAUGGUCCACUCAAUUGUAUAUUGUAGACAAAUAUGGUUAUAUGGAAAUAAAAUCAUUUGAUAAAUCAAAUGAUUUACAAAAGUGUCCACAACAUGUUAAAACCGUUCGAUUAUUUGAUAAUUUUAAACAAACUGGUGAGGGAGAGACAAAUGAUGAAACAAUAAUCGAUUCAUUUACCAUUCAUAAAUAUUAUAUUAUUGUAUUUAAACGUUUAAAACAGGAAUUAAAAGGUAAAAUUCAUUUAUUUAAACAUAACGGUCAAUGUUUAAAAGCAUGUAUUGCACAUGAUUUUCCAUCUCGUGAAUUUACAAUUGAUAAUGAUUUAAAUUGUCUAUUUACAAUUGAUCAAAGACAAUGUUCAAUUUAUCGUACAGAUUUACUAGCACCAAAUGAUCAACUAAACGAUAUUGAUUAUAUAAAUGCGUUUAAUAAUCGUUCAAAAUAUAUUGAAUUUCGAAAAGAUUUUGUCCCAUUGCAUAUGGUAAUUAAUCAAAAAUCAAUUGCCGUUUUAGAUAAACAUCAACAUGUGCAAGUAUUAGAUAAAAAAACAAAAACACCAAUAUUUGAAUUUUCUGACUGUUUUAUUGAAUCACAUUAUUUGUGGAAUAUUGGAUUGUUUAAUGAUAAUAGUCUUCUAUUAAAACUGGAUGAAGUAAACUCAAUUAAAACUAUACCCAAGCAUAAAUUUUUUCAAUUAAGUUCAAUAAAUAAACAACCGAUACAACAAUUUGAAGAAGUCGAUGCAUUCGGUUUGAUUGUUACGUUAACAAAUGAAAUUCUAAUUGGUAUUAGAGCAAAUUCAAAAGGAAUAAUUAAAUGUUAUAUUGAAUACUAG